AUGUCAGAACAAGAAUUUAACAUUACGGAUACAUAUUUGAAGUUUUUGGCCGAAGAUAGUGAGAUGACGAUGCCCAUUGCGGCAAUCGAGGCAUUAGUGACGAUGUUGAAGGUGCGGAACCCCAAGACUUCGGCAGAGAUGAUCAAGUCUACGAAGCAGAGUAUCGAGGAAUUGACUACUUCUAUUCCAAACUCGAUUUCUUUACGUGCUGGGUGUGAUAUCUUUAUGCGAUUUGUAUUGAAGAACACACAUCUCUAUGGGGAUUGGGAGAAUUGCCAGCAACAUUUGAUCGAGAACGGGCAUUUAUUUGUGAGCCGUGCGAAGCAGUCCAGAAACAGGAUUGCUGAAAUUGGUCUUGACUUUAUUUCAGACGAUGAUAUCAUUCUAGUGCAUGGUUUUUCGAGAGCCGUAUUUUCGCUUCUGAGCCAUGCUGCAGAGAAGUUGAUCCGUUUCAGAUGCGUAGUGACUGAAUCGAGACCGUCGAGUCAGGGGAAGCAACUGUAUGACUUGUUAAAGGGGAAAGGUAUACCUGCCACUUUGAUUGUAGAUAGUGCAGUUGGCACAAUUAUCCACAAAGUGAACAAAAUAUUUGUUGGUGCUGAAGGAGUUGCUGAGUCCGGAGGUAUUUUCAACUUAGUAGGCACAUAUUCUAUUGGUGUGCUAGCCAAGAAUGCCAGGAAGCCAUUUUAUGUGGUGAGCGAGUCGCACAAGUUCGUGCGUAUGUUCCCACUUUCGCCAGAUGACAUUCCGAUGGAAAGGGAUCCCUUGGACUUCUCCAAGAACAACACAGAAGACAACGACGAAUAUCCUUUGAGCGGACCCUCACUAGAUUUCACCAGUCAGGAAUACAUAACGGCAUUGAUAACGGAUCUUGGUGGCUUAACACCUAGUGCUGUUUCCGAGGAGUUGAUCAAAAUGUGGUAUGAUUGA